AUGCACCCGGGGUGGUCGGUGCGCCGGCAAUGCUGCUGCUGGUUCCAGGGCCGGGGCGGACCGGCACCAGCGGCCAAACCGGCGCCUCCGGCCCUCCCGGUCCUGUUCCUGGCCCUGCUGGUGCUACUGCCGGGCUUCGGCGCCGGCCAGUGGAUGCCUCGGGCCUUCUCCUGCCCGCCUCGGGCCCAUGUUUCCCCGUGCCUCUGCCUGGAGAGGUCCAAGGGGCUUGACGUGACUUGCGAAAGAGUGGACAGGACGGAUCGCGUGCGCACCGCCCUGUCGGGUCUCGCGGACGCCCAGCAAACCGUGCUCUACCUCAGGCUCAGGCACGACAGACUGGACCGCUUUCCCCCCCGGCUGCUGGACCGUCUGGAAAUCCUCCAUCUGUUGGUGCAUCACAGCAACGUGUCCGAGAUCCACUUGGAUGCUUUCCGGGGAGUCGAAGAGAAGCUGGAGUCCCUGGACUUGUCGCAGAACGCUCUCGAAGAAGUACCGACGGAAGCCCUGCAGGCGCUGACGGCGCUGGUGACGCUCAACUUGAGCUACAACCGCAUCCAGGCGGUGCAGGCGUGGGCCUUCCGGGGCCUCGUGUCCCUGCUGAGGCUCUCGCUCUUCGGGAACCGCAUCGUCAGCCUGGACCCCAUGGCCUUCCAGGGCGUCGGAGGGAACCUCACGCGCCUCAACCUCGGUGGAAACGUGCUCUCGCAGGUCCCGUCGGAGUCCCUGCAGAGCAUCUCAGUGCUCCAGCAGCUGCUCCUGCACGAGAACCGCAUCUCGGAGCUGUCCCCGGACCGGUUCCCGCUGGUGGGCAGCGCGCUGGACAUCCUCAACCUGGCCGACAACCGCAUCGUCGAACUGCCGGAAGGCGCCUUCUCCGGGCUGGGCACCCUCGUGUCCCUGGACUUGGAGAGGAACGGCCUGGCGUUCAUCCACCCGGCGGCUUUCGUCGGAGUCCACACGACGAUGGAAUGGCUCAAGCUUGGCCACAACAGCCUCAGUGCAGUCCCCAGCGAGGCCCUUCAGAACCUAACUGCAUUGCGGGAGCUCGACCUGCGAGACAACAACAUCUCGUACGUGCACGGGGACGCUUUCGACGGCUACGGGGCCAGCCUCAAGUUUGUCUACCUCCAGAAGAACAGGGUGCAGUCCAUCGAUCCGGGGGCCUUCGACCGGCUGCACUCACUGGAGUGGCUGUACCUGCACUCCAACGAGAUCUCGACGCUUCACUACAGCGUCUUCCGGCCCGUGCUGGACACCCUGUCGAUUCUAGACGUGCACGACAACCCGUUCCACUGCGACUGCGACCUGUCCUGGCUCCGGCUGCUCCUGAAGGGCCAGGGCGGCAACAUCGUGGUGAACCAGCCCCGGGAGACUCGGUGCGGCUCUCCGGACGAGUUCUCCAAGCUGGCUGUACUCGACAUCCCCAGCAGCAGGAUGCACUGCGGGGCCGAUUCCGCUGUCUCCACGGGGCCGGCGGGACUCGUCACGGUGAUGCUACGGACACUGUCGACGGCCGUCGCACUGCUUGGCCUAGCCUUGCCCUUGGGCCUUGUCGGUGUCUCCUGA